UGCAGCUGAAAACGGUUCAUUUUUACCUCCGAACUUCACUCCACAACCUCGUAGAGUGCAGAGUGCUCAUUUGGUUGGACAAGAGAAUCCUUAUCAGCUUGGAAGCAGACAGCAACAACCAAGACCCGACAAUCUUACUAAUCUGCGGGUAGCCCAGAUGGAAAUUCCCCUACCUUCUCCUACAGCUCAAGCAGAAUUUCCACAGAUCCCUCCAACUCCAAGCUCCAAUGGCUCCAACUAUAGCUACAUGAUCAACAACAACAUGACUAGUUUUGCACAGGCCCUCCAGGACAUGGACAAGCCUUUCCAUCCUGAUGAUAUUGGGUUGAGUCAAGAAGACAAAAUCAGGCUCUUUGAAGCCCCUUCUACUGCGACAGGCGACGGUUCUUUGCAAGACUGUUAUCUUCCAACAAGCUGCAAUCUCGGUUUGAAUGGAAUGAUGAAUGACAGCAUGCAACCGUUUCCAUCGAACUGUCGACCAGACACAAGUCAGUCUUACGAUAUGCUAGCGCAAGGAACUGUGCUUCCUGGUCCUCAGCCUGGAAUGAUGAAUGACCCGUCAGUGCCAUACGGGAUGGAUCAGUAUUACUUCUACCCUCCUCAAAGUGCUAUGCCUCAGGACCCUUUGCAACGGCAUUUAUACAUGAACCAGCAGCAACGGUUCUAGGACUAGCGGUGUGGAAUGUAUUUUGGUUGGCGUGAAGACUGAUGGAUUACAAAGAGACAAGUGGAAAAACUCUCGGGGACAGAAAAGCUAGGUGUAUUUUGUUUUUAAGUUUGUACGUGACCACGUAAAAUAAUGUUUCUUC